GUGUUUUUGACAUAGAAAAUUGCAGUAUGAAAUUCCGUGGUGUCAGUUUUUAUUAUUUUGCUUGGCUGGCAAUACUUUUUGCGAAUUGACAUUCGAAAAACGCAAUGUAAUUCCAAGCAGGUGCGGAAAGCGGUGGAUGUGAGUUUUCUUUACUAUAUUUAAUACUGAGUUGCAGCGAUUCGACGACACUAAAAUUUAAUAUAUUUGCACCUAAAUAUUACACCACAGAUUGUGAAACACGAUUUAUUUAAACAAAUUUUAAACUGAAAAAUGGUUAAUGAAAGCCUAAGUGAAAAGAAGGCAGCGCCAUCUUUAUUGGAGGUGAAAGACAAGAAAGAUGACGCCAAAUCACCUAAAAAAGAUAAUGCGAAAAAUGAAGCGAAAGAACAGGAGUUAUCCGAUGAAGACCAACAGCUGCAGGAAGAGCUCGAAAUGUUAGUUCAACGGCUACAGGAAACUGAUAAAAAUUUGUACAAGCCUGCGUUGGAGAUGAUGGCUAAGUUAAUAAGAGCAUCUACUACUUCUAUGACGUCGGUGCCGAAACCUUUAAAAUUCAUGCGUCCUCACUAUGAAACGAUGAAGACUAUUUACAAACACAUGCACGACCAAGAAACCCGACAUUUGUGUGCUGAUAUAAUAUCUGUGCUAUCAAUGACCAUGGGUACUGGUAAGGAUUGUUUAGCAUAUCGUUUUCUUUGCGAUCGCUCUCAACGUAUAGGUGAGUGGGGCCAUGAGUAUGUCAGACAUUUGUCUGGCGAAAUUGCUUCACACUAUCUGGAAACUUCUGGAGAAUUUCAAACGCAACUUAUUGAACUUGUGAAGCAAAUUAUACCAUACAAUAUGGAGCACAAUGCUGAAGCUGAUGCGUGCGAUUUAUUAAUUGAAAUUGAUCAUCUGCAUUUAUUGCAAGAAUAUGUAGAUGAAUCAGCUUAUCCUCGAGUGUGUUUAUAUCUGCAAUCAUGCUAUUCAUAUGUACCGGAACCCGACAACACAAUAAUAUUGGAAACUGCUUUGCAGUUAUCACGAAAAUUCAAUCAACACACGCAAGCUAUGCGGUUAGCUUUAAUGUUGAAUGACAUGCACAAAAUAAAUGAGAUAUUUAAAGAAACUAAAGAUCCUGCUUUACAAAAGCAAUUGGCAUUUAUGCUAGCAAGACAGCAGGUUUGCUUAGAAUUGGAUGAGUCUUAUCCUGAUUAUGAUGAUCUCAUGGAAAUUAUGUCUAAUGGCAACCUUAACAAACACUUCCUAAACUUAGCAAGAGAAUUGGAUAUUAUGGAACCCAAAACUCCAGAGGAUAUAUAUAAAUCACAUUUGGAUAAUGCUAGAACUCGUUUCACUGCUAUACAGGUUGAUUCAGCUAAACAAAAUCUUGCAGCAAGUUUCGUCAACGGUUUUGUAAAUGCAGGUUUCGGUGUCGAUAAACUGCUAUCAGAAGAUGGCAAUAAGUGGCUAUAUAAAAAUAAAGAACAUGGUAUGAUGUCGGCAACAGCCUCACUUGGCUUAAUUUUGUUGUGGGACGUUGAUGGUGGUUUAACAAUGAUUGACAAAUAUUUAUACUCUACAGAAGACUAUAUAAAAUCAGGUGCACUUCUCGCAUGUGGCAUAGUAAAUUGCGGCGUUCGUAAUGAAGUCGACCCAGCACAUGCUUUGCUUUCUGACUAUAUUGAGAAUCAAAACAGCUCUAUGCGAAUUGGUGCAAUUUUGGGUUUAGGUAUUGCUUAUGCAGGCUCAAAUCGUUCUAUUGUUGUAGAUACUUUGAAAACCGUGUUUGCUACAACUAAUGGGAAAUCAAACAGUAUCGAAAUAUUAGGUAUUACUGCGCUAUCUUUAGGUUUAAUAAGUGUUGGUUCAUGUAAUGCUGAGAUAACCGAAAUACUUCUACAAACCAUUAUGAACUUAUCUAGCUCUGAUCUUAAAGACACAUAUACACGUUUUCUUUGGUUGGGAUUGGGUUUGCUUUAUUUGGGACGUCAAAAAGCAACAGACGCAGUAAUGUUAACAUUGGAAGUUUUAGAUGAACCCUAUCGAUCAAUGGCUGUAACUAUGGUAGAUAUUUGCGCAUAUGCUGGUACUGGAAAUGUAUUAAAGAUUCAACAAUUGUUGCAUAUCUGUUCUGAUCAUUAUGAAACAUCUGCUACCGAUAGUAGUGAAACUGAAAAAAAUAAGAAAGAUAAGAGCAAGGACAAAGAGAAGGAGAAACAAGAAAAAGAGAAGGAGAAGCUGGAAAAAGAAAAGGAGAAAGAGAAAGACCUGUCAGCAACACAAGCUAUAGCAGUUCUCGGUAUAGCACUUAUUUCCAUGGGUGAGGAUAUAGGUGCCGAGAUGGCAUUCCGUUCUUUUGGCAACCUGUUACGUUAUUGCGAGCCAUGUAUUCGGCGUGCGGUACCAUUAGCGUUAGGUCUUAUAUCGGCAUCUAAUCCAAAACUUAAUAUUCUCGACACAUUAAGUAAAUUUUCACAUGACAGCGAUGCUGAGGUAGCGCACAACGCCAUCUUUGCGAUGGGUCUUGUUGGUGCAGGAACAAAUAAUGCACGUCUUGCUUCAAUGCUGCGACAAUUAGCACAAUACCAUUCAAAGGAUCCUAGUAAUUUGUUUAUGGUGCGUAUAGCGCAGAGUUUAACUCAUUUAGGCAAGGGUACUCUCACGUUAAGCCCGUACCACAGUGACCGACAACUAAUGAAUCCUAUGGCUGUGGCAGGACUGAUGGCUACACUGGUAUCCCUUUUAGAUGUUAAAACUCUUAUAUUAGGACGGUCUCAUUAUCUUCUGUAUACGUUGGUACCAGCCAUGCAAGCACGCAUGCUUAUAACUUUUGAUGAGGAUCUGAAUCAAUUGCAAGUACCAGUACGUGUGGGUAUGGCGAUUGAUGUUGUGGGACAAGCUGGUAAGCCUAAAACUAUUACUGGCUUCCAAACUCACACUACGCCUGUUUUGUUAGCUAUGGGUGAAAGAGCAGAGCUCGCCACUGACGAAUACAUCUCGCUUACACCAAUAAUGGAGGGAUUUGUAAUGCUAUCCAAAAAUCCAAAUUACGUAAAAUAAACGAAAUGACUGUUCGACAGAAAACAGGAGUGUAGCGAGUUUAGCGUAGUACAGAUAUUUUUACUAAACUAUUUUGAGCGAAUAUUAUACAUCUUCGUUUCUACAAUUUAUAGAAAUAAUUAAUAAUUUAUGAUUAUAUUAAAAUCAAUAAAAUAUUCGAAACUGUAA